AGGGAACCUCAUCUAUUUUCUCCUCGCGAACACAAGGGAAAAAUAACGAACAAAAAGGGAACAUUGCUCACAGCUGAUACACUCGAAGCUCCCUCCUGGUUCCCUCUCUGUGGCGUCUCCUUCUUCUUCUCACGCUCGAGGCACUCGUAUCGGUUUCCGAUUCUGGGUUUCUCGCAAGUUUCUAUCUUUUUCCAGUGUUUCGAUCUGAAGUCGUAGGAACUACUAGGGUUUGUAGAGUGGAACGAUGGAUAGAAUCAUGUCCGCGCCUGCGACACAGCAACAGCAGCCUCAAAAGCAACCGGCGGCUGCCGCAACCGCUGAGGAAGAAGCCCUUAAGAGGAACACUGAUUGCGUCUACUUUCUCGCGUCUCCUUUAACCUGCAAGAAGGGAAGUGAGUGUGAGUACCGUCACAGUGAAUAUGCGCGUGUCAAUCCACGAGAUUGCUAUUACUGGUUAAAUGGCAAUUGUUUGAAUCACAAAUGUGGCUUUCGACAUCCUCCCUUGGAUGGCUUGUUGGGGAACCAGGGAGGUACUCCUGCUGGUCCUUCACCUGCACAGGCUCCUCUCAGUGCUGGAAAACAAGCAGUUCCAUGUGUUUUCUUUCAAAAGGGUAUGUGCAUAAAAGGAGAUAGAUGUGCCUUCGUGCAUGUGCCCAUCCCAGCUACUAAUAAAAUGCAGCAGCAGCCCAUGGAACCUGCACCUUCUUCUGAACCUCAGUCUUCCAAAAAGCCAUUUGAGAAGGUCACCGAGGAGAAGAAAUUUCCUUCUGCUAAUCUCUCAAAGGGGGCUGCACCGAAAGUUACAAAUUCUGGCCGAGGAGACAGCAGAAGGGUAGAGAGAUAUGUACCACAACAUAGGGGCUUUGAGACUGUUGGGCAGAAAAAAGCAGUGGGUGUUCCUUUGUUUACUGGUGGCAGCCACUCUACUCAAUUGCUUCAGGCACAUGGGUCUGAUGAUAAAAUCAGCUUUCAAAAUGAUAAUGAACCAAAUGAUGUUUUGAGGGAGGCUUCUCCUGGGGUUGAUGUUGGAGAGGACUUUGACGUUCUUGUGGAUAAUGAGCUCAGAGACUCUGAGUGUUACCAUGGUGAGGAUCGAUAUGGUAGAAGAGGUCAGGAUGGUAGGAACUCGGUGAAUGAAUACCAUCCGGAUUUCAAUGAUGUACCUGAUGGUGAUGCAGAAGCAUAUCGUGGUUUUGAUCGCUACAAUCAUAUGCAAGACAGGCAGUAUGCUUGGGACCACCCCCGGGCUUCCGCUGAGAGAGAAGAUCAUUUGGAAAGAAGAGUUUAUUCGACAGAUGAGAAGUCAGACCACAUCCCAGAAUCUGAUUUAAGACACCGAUUGUCAAAGCAUAGGAGAGGUAAUGGCCCAAUAUCAGAUGUUGGUUGUGAGGAUGGCCCUGACUAUUCGGAACGAGGUUUUGCAGAUCCCCGUAAGGACCCGCUGCAAGAAAGCUUCAUUAGCAGCCGUCUUCAAGGUAGAAUUAAGCUUCCUGGGAGAGUCAACGGCGGUGAUGGUCACUUUGAGAGGGGAUCACGGUGGGGAAGGAACAGAAGCCAAUUGUCACCGGGAAGGCAAGGUAGGUUCCGGGAUAGAAUUAGAGGGAAUGUAGAAGAGAACCAUUGCAAUGAUCAGGAAAGAGUCACUACUUGCCCUCCAUGGAUGAGAAGAAGAGAAAUGGAAGAUGAAAGAAACUAUGAUUUCCCAGCUCCUAAAAGGCUUGCAGAAUUGAGGAGCAGGAAAGAGGAAAGUAAGGCGGAACGAUCACAUAGGAAAAGGAAAAGCUCGGAGGAUCAUCGUCGUCAGGAAUCUCAUGAUUCAUUUGUGGCUCCAUUACCUCUGAGUGAAAUUCUCAAGAGAAAAAGAGCAGCUGUGACUGAGAAAAACGGUAUGAUCCAAGAAACAAAACCGGAGUACCGAGAUGCUAUCACCAUAACCAAGGAAGAAGGUGGGCACGAGUCUAAGCUUGCAGUGGAAGACAAACCCGAGAAUUCU